CGUCACCAUACUACGUCACACGCAGAGUGGGGAAACUCCACUGUUGUUAUCAUGUCGCAGUACUGUAUUAUUCAAGGAUGUAAAUCACGCAGAGCUCGAGAAUGUGACUCAAUGGUAACAUUUCAUUGCUUUCCGACUGAUAAAGACCUACAAGAAGAAUGGUUAAAGAAGACCCGGAAAGACAGAAAGCCAGAUUUCAAGGUUACAUCAAAUACAAGGGUGUGUUCCAAGCAUUUCGCUGGAGACUGUUUCUGGUGGAACGAAAGAAUUCGCAGGACAUGUCUGAUUCCAGGAAGUGUCCCCCAUAUCUUUCCAUGGAACAAAGUCUCAUACCUGACAAUCCCUCUUACAAACCAGAAAGGUGAGGCGGCUGGAAAUGUAACAAUUGAGGUCACAGAAUCCACAGAAGAAGAAGCUGACUUGCAACCGGAGAUAGUUGUCACAUCUGCACCGUAUGCUGACCACGACUACAUACAUUUGUCUCCACCUUUGGAAGAGCAGCUGAUGGCAGCACGACAGGAGAUUUCCAGGCUUACUGAGGAAAAGAAAAUGCUUUUGGAAUCACGCUUUUGUCUGCAACGAUUCCAGGACGAUGCCAGGCUUUUGUAUUUUUACACUGGAUUUCAGGACUAUGGUACGCUAAACUCUGUCUACUUGUCCCUGGAGCCCACUGCAGAGCGCUUACAGAGGUGGAGCCAGGCACAGACAGUGACGGGGCAGGAGAUGAGCAGGGCGGCAUUACAGGCAGAAAACUUGUCUUUGAUCGAUCAGUUCUUUCUCUUCCUCUGCCGUGUAAGAGAGGGGGCGUCUGAGGAAUCCCUGGCAGAGCGUUUUCAUGUCUCACCGUCGACAGUCAGUAGAGUGGUGACUACUUGGGCCAAUUACCUGUUUUUCAUGUUGGGGUCGUUGCCCGUGUGGCUCCACAGAUCAGCUGUAAGUGAAAUGAUGCCACAGUGCUUUAAAGACACCUAUCCAAGAACGAGGGUUAUCUUGGACUGCACGGAGGUCCACAUGGAGCGGGCCAGCUCAAAGAAGGUCAAUCCUGAGAACUAUUCAAACUACAACGGCUCCACCACCUUGAAGGGCUUGAUGGGUGUGAGCCCCUCUGGAGAAAUCACAUUUGUGAGCAGCCUGUAUGAAGGGUCGAUCUCUGCGGAGGAAAUAACAAAACGCUCUGGGAUCUUGUCCCUGCUGGAGGAGGGGGAUGAGGUGAUGGCUGAUAACAGUUUCCUCAUUAGUGAUCUGCUGUCAGCCAUCAAUGUGUCUCUUGUCUCGCCGCCAUUUCUGAAUCAGAGGAGAAAGUCCAUCAAGCAGGAAGCUUCCACCACUCAAAGUAAUGCAAAGUUAAGAAUUCAUGUAGAGAAAGCCAAACAAAGAAUGAAGCAAAACCGUAUCUUUAAUAGAGUUCUUCCCCAUUCCCACCUGGGGACAGUUAACCAGUUGUGGUAUGUGUGUGCCAUGCUGGCUAAUUUCCAAGUGCCUCUCUCUUAACCCACAGCCCUUCUCACACAUGAACUCCUGACAGUUUGACUUGCCUGUUCACCCGUUGGUCAAAGCGGGAGUUCUUCACUGUCGAGCAGGGCAUGGUGUAAAAUGCACA